AUGUUCCCUGGAGUUGUCAAAUCUAAUGACAUAAACACACAAGAGAUUGGUAGAGCUUUGUCUGAUCUAAUUUCGAAAAGAUUCAAAGGCCUUAAACCUUAUUUGUUGGUAAAUCAUUUGGGAAGAAGUAAAAUAGAUGUCAACCGACCAAUGAAUGAAGGAACUGAAGUAGUCAAGGGUGUGAAAAACCAAGACUUUAUUGAUUAUACAGAAAAGAACAUCAAUGCUGGCGCAGAUGUUAAUUAUACUAAUGGCAUUAAUGAAGGAUUCAAUCAAACAUUCGAAUCAGAAACACAAAUUGUUUGGAAUGAUUAUCAUACAUUUAUGAAAAGUGCUGUUGAAGAGAUCGAAGAAAGAUUUAAUUAUGGGAUAGUUAUUGACUUGCACGGACAUGGACAUCCAGAAAAUUAUAUUGAAUUAGGUUACGUUUUAUCAUCUGAAAUAUUAUCUUUGUCAACCAGUGAGCUCAACUCUGAUCAAUCUAUCCCAUCAAGAUCAAGCAUAAGAGCUUUGUAUACUAGGAUGCAAUCAGCUUUAAAUUUUGCUGAUUUAUUACUUGGCGAGACAACUUCUUUUGGUGGUAUAUUGCAAUCUUAUGGUUAUGGUACAAUACCAUCUUAUGCUCACCCGUAUCCAAAGCAAAAUGAAAGAUAUUUCCAUGGUGGUUACAUUGUACAAAAAUACGGUUCAAGACAUGGAGAACAAGAAACAAGAGAAACAUUUACUAAAACUUUAUCAAAUUCUGUCUCAUGGCUUCUAAAAGAAUAUUAUUUACGAAAACCAGGAAAUCUUAAUCAAGCUAGUUAG